AACCACAAACACGCGCACAUCGUCACACACACACCACAGUCCAUGCGUCAAUGGCCAUCAGCCUGCUCUUCUCUCUUCUGCUCCGCCUCCUCGCCGUGCAAGCGGCUUCACACGGCAGCGUCGGCAACGGCAACGACGACGAUGACAGCGCCCUGAUGACGUCCUGCCUCGCGGCCGCCGGCGUGCGCAACGUCACCACACGCCGCUCGCCCGCGUACGCCGCCGCGCUGGCCUUCUCCGUCCAGAACCUCCGGUUCGCGGCAGCCUGUGCGCACCACGGUCCGGCUGCCGUCGUCGUCCCGGCGUCCCUGGCCGAGCUGCGCGCGGCCGUGCUGUGCGCCCGGGAGGCGAGGCUCGUAGUGCGCCUCCGCAGCGGCGGCCACAGCUACGAAGGCCUCUCCUACACCACGGACGACGCCGGCGGCUUCGUCGUCAUCGACCUCGUGGCGCUGGACCGCGUUCGGGUCGACGCCGGAGCGCGCACGGCGUGGGUACAGUCCGGCGCGACGCUCGGGCAGGUAUACCACGCGGUGGCCGCGUCCAACAAGACCCUGGCGUUCUCUGCAGGGUCAUGCCCCACGGUCGGCUCCGGAGGCCACAUCGCCGGUGGCGGGUUCGGGCUGCUGUCCCGCAAGUACGGGCUCGCGGCGGACAACGUGAUCGACGCCCUGCUGGUCGACGCCGACGGGCGCGUGCUGGACCGCGAUGGCAUGGGCGAGGAGGUCUUCUGGGCGAUCCGCGGCGGCGGUGGCGGCACCUGGGGCGCCGUCUACGCGUGGCGCAUCAAGCUCAGCCCUGUCCCGGAGCGCGUCACCGUGUUCGUUGUCAACCGGCCGGGCACCGUGGAGUCGGUGGCACGGCUCGUGUCAACAUGGCAGCACGUCGCGCCGUGGCUUCCCGACGAGUUCUACCUUUCGGCGUUCGUCGGAGCCGGCUUGCCGGAGUCUGACCGGACCGGCAUCUCCGUCACCUUUAAAGGGUUCUACCUCGGCCGGAGCCACGAAGCGUUGGAGAUACUCUCCGCACGGUUCCCUGAGAUCGGGCUGUCGGACCUGAACCCGAGAGAGAUGAGCUGGAUCGACUCCGUGGUCUUCUUCUCCGGCCUGCCGAAAGGGAGCACCACGUCGGACCUGACGGACCGGGUGCUCCACGAUAAGAACUACUUCAAGGCCAAGUCGGACUUCGUGCGCCGGCCGACGCCCUUCGGCGAGCUGGAGGGAGCCAUCAGUUUCCUUUCCAAGCAGCCCAAGGCCUACGUCAUCCUGGACCCGUACGGCGGGGCCAUGGACCGGAUCGCGGCCGGCGACCUGCCGUUCCCGCAUCGCAAAGGAAACAUCCACGGGAUCCAGCAUCUCAUAGCCUGGACGGCCGACGACGACGACCACAGGGAGGAGUACAUGGACUGGCUACGCCGGUUCUACGACUUCAUGGGAGCCUACGUGUCCAACGGCCCACGCACCGCCUACAUAAACUACCUAGACCUUGAUCUAGGCACCAACAACAAUCCGUCUCCUGCUCACCCUCAUCCUAUCAUAGGAGACGACGGCAGCCCUUUUUACUCGGAAGUCGAGGCGUCGAGGACGUGGGGCGAGAGGUACUUCCUCAGCAACUACGACCGUCUCGUCCGUGCCAAGACCACCAUCGACCCGGAGAACGUGUUCCGCAAUGCCCAGAGCAUUCCGCCCCUCUUCGUGGGGGCUCUGCAGAUGACCAGGCGUACUGCACAUGACAUCUAGCUAGCCCAAAGUUGCAUCCCACCACCACACCGUAUCAUAUUGUUGUAGCUAUAGAGCCAAACACACUUACACAAGAUCCACAAGCUAGAACAUGUAACGCAAACGCGUAGAGGAACCUCGGGAUGACCAGAUUCUAUGUGGUAGCCUGUUCAAAGUUGCAUCCAAACCAAAGGGAAGAAGACAUGUCAUAGGAAGGACAUACACAUAUAUCGUCACAUUUCUUUAGAGCAUUAUCUGUGUUGUAUUUUUGCAAUGUUGCUGUCGUGGUGCCGUCCAGAAGGACGAUUUGUUCUCUUUUUGUAGAGGAAGGCAAUUAUGAUUGGUAGAUCCACCGAGAAGAGCUGAA